AUGGCCUCCGCAAACCUGCUGUCCCCGCCGGCCAGCAUCCCCCCGCCCACGGCCCUCGCCCUCUCGCAGAAGGCGCCGCUGAUCCUCGCCAGCCCGCCCACCUCGUCGCUGCCGUGGCCGCUGUCGCUGCUCUUCUCGCGCGAGACCCCCGAGGCCUGGGCCAUCCACGAGAACCUCUUCCUCGCCGCCCUCCGCACCGGCGACGAGCAGGCCGCCGCGCAGCUCCUGUCCCGUCUGGAGGCCCGCUUCGGCGAGCGCAACGAGCGCAUCGUGGUGCUGCGGGGGAUAUACAACGAGGCGACCGCGCAGACCACGGCCGACCUGGAGAAUGUCUUCGAGGGCUACGAGAAGAUCCUGCGCGACGACCCCACCAACAUGAGCAUCCGCAAGCGCCGCGUCGCCGUCCUCAAGAGCCUCGGCCGCACAGCCGAUGCAAUCACAGCCGUGACCGUCCUGCUGCAGAACUCGCCGACCGACGUCGAGGCCUGGGCCGAGGCGUCGGAGCUGUACGCCGGCCAAGCGGCGUGGGGACAGGCCAUCUACUGCGCCGAGGAGGUCUUGUUGACCGCGCCAAACAGCUGGAGUGCGCACGCCCACGUUGCCUCACUGCAUUACAUGUCCACCGCAUCUAGCAGCCCCCCGUCGAUUGCUGAGCUGUCGCUGGCUCUGAAGCACUUCUGCCGCGCCUUUGAGCUGAACGAGGGCUAUCUGCGAGGCUGCUACGGCAUCAAGAUUGUAGCAGCAAAGCUCCUGCCGCUGCUGUCCGACACACAGACCCUGUCCAAGAAGAGGAGCGAGCAGGACGACGAGGACGUGCCUGUUCCAACGCUUACCAGCGUACAGAAGUUGGAUGAGAUUGCGACCAAGAAGCUGGGCGAGUUCAUCAGGGACUUUGGGAAUAAGAAAAAGGGACAGUCCGGCUACGAUGAGGCCGAGAUCAUCGCGGCCAAGGAACUCUUGAACAGGUAG